GCUGCUCGGCAGAAUGGCCACGGAGGAGCGGCACCUCUCCUCCAGCUGUGGGUCCUUCAUCAAGACCGAGCCCUCCAGCCCAUCUUCUGGCAUCGACGCCAUCAGCCACCACAGCCCAAGUGGCUCCUCCGACGCUAGCGGUGGCUACGGCAUUGCCAUGGGUGGCCACCCCAAUGGCCUGGACUCACCACCCAUGUUCAAUGGCACAGGGAUUGGUGGUGGGUCCUGCCGUAAGCGUUACGACGACUGCGCCAGCGCCAUCAUGGAGGACUCACCCACCAAGUGCGAGUACAUGCUCAAUGCAAUCCCCAAGCGGCUGUGCCUGGUGUGUGGGGACAUUGCUUCGGGGUACCACUACGGCGUGGCUUCCUGUGAGGCGUGCAAAGCCUUCUUCAAGAGGACUAUUCAAGGGAAUAUUGAAUACAGCUGCCCGGCCACCAAUGAAUGUGAGAUCACGAAACGGAGGCGCAAGUCCUGUCAGGCCUGUCGCUUCAUGAAAUGCCUCAAAGUGGGGAUGCUAAAAGAAGGUGUUCGUCUGGAUCGAGUCCGUGGAGGCCGUCAGAAAUACAAGAGGAGACUGGAUUCUGAGAGUAGCACUUAUCUGAGCUUACAGAUCCCUCCCCCAGCUAAAAAGCCACUGACUAAGAUCGUCUCCCAUUUGCUGGUGGCUGAGCCAGAGAAGAUUUAUGCCAUGCCUGAUCCAACCAUGCCGGAGAGUGACAUCAAAGCCCUGACAACCCUCUGUGACCUGGCAGACAGGGAACUGGUGGUGAUCAUUGGCUGGGCGAAGCACAUCCCAGGAUUCUCCAACCUCUCCCUUGGGGACCAGAUGAGCCUCCUGCAGAGUGCCUGGAUGGAAAUCCUCAUCCUGGGCAUUGUGUACCGCUCCCUGCCAUAUGAGGACAAGCUUGUCUAUGCUGAGGACUACAUCAUGGAUGAAGAGCACUCUCGUCUGACGGGGCUGCUGGAGCUCUACCUGGCCAUCUUACAACUGGUGCGCCGCUACAAGAAGCUCAAGGUGGAAAAGGAGGAGUUUGUCACGCUCAAAGCUCUGGCCCUCGCCAACUCAGACUCAAUGCACAUAGAGGACAUGGAUGCAGUGCAGAAACUCCAAGACCUUCUUCACGAAGCCCUGCAGGACUACGAGCUGAGUCAGCGCAACGAGGAGCCCCGGCGAGCAGGCAAGCUGCUCCUGACCUUGCCCCUCCUGCGGCAGACGGCCGCCAAAGCUGUGCAGCACUUCUACAGCAUCAAACUGCAGGGCAAGGUUCCCAUGCAUAAACUCUUCCUAGAAAUGCUAGAGGCAAAGGUCUGACAGCCCCAGUGCCAGCCGAAAGUGGCCGGGGAACAAACUAGAAACAAAGAUUCAGACAACGGAGCAAUCCAAACAGCAGCAGCAGCCACCGCCGGCUUUUAUCUCCAAUCAUUUAUUAUGGAAGAAUUAUUUAAUGUCUAUCUGUCGGCGUGACUGCAGAAUCUUAUGUACAGGAGGGGGGAAACUCUUUUAAUCAGUCACCUGUUUCUCUUUUUUUGUUUGUUUGUUUUCUCUGUGGGAAGUACCAGAAUAUGCUCUUGCACUUGUUGAGGCGGUCGUCGGGGCUCAUCCCCUCUGAGCAGUGAUGCUCUCAGCACUGUCCAGGCCGCCUGUUCCCCAGCUCCCUUUGGCAGUGCUGGAGGGGGUGUGGGGACAGAAGCAGGAAGAGAGGAAGAAUAGAGUCAAUAUAAACUUUUAUCUGCUGGUGUUGUGAGGGGUCAGAUAGAAAGGGAAGCAGCCAUGGUCCUUUUUUGUCACCUUUCUGGCUCUAACCAUAGAGCAGAUGAUUCUUUGCAGAAUAGCACUGCUGGACCUCUCCUGAUCAAACAGCUGCCUCCCAGGCUCCUCUAGCGACAGCUAACAUUUGUACAUACAGGCCCCACUUCUUACUGGGAAAGAUGCUCCUAAUGUGUAAGAUAUUCUGCGACCUUGUACAGUGUGUCAUUAUGCCUGGCUAGUCCCUCCCAUGUACAAUCCCCGCAGGCCCCUUAAGAGGUAGGACGUAUGUCCCUGAGAGAAUGCAAGUCUCCUUUCCCAGAUGGCAAGGAAAAGAGAAGAAAUUGAUGUGCUGGGUUGACUUGAUAAUCUUUGCAUCCUCUCCUAUGUGGUGCUAACUACAAUUCUUCCACACUUUUCACCCUGUAGUGUAUCAAACCUGCCUCUUCAGCUCAGCUGAGUGCCAUUCCCCACUUGUUCCUUGUGGCAGAGGACACAAGGCUUUGUCUGCAUGGUUACUGCCCAAGUAUAAAUACACCCCAAACCAGGGCUUUCCUAGACUUCAUUAAAGUGAUAGCUCUUUACCUCCACAGAGACUUAGGCUUACUGCCAAAUGCUAGUUAGGAAUCAAGGGCACUGCUUUUCAGAGGCAGCUCUUGAGCCUGAGAGAUUGCUUUUUUGUGGCAGCCUCGGGAAAUAAAUUAAGAGGGUGGCACGAAAGCCCCAAUAUCCCAACUGCUGUCUUCCCCUGCCUCAUCCCAUUAUCCUCAGCAGCAGCAAAAGAGCUAGCAUAGAUUAUACCUGGACCUGGUAAAAGGUCCUCUUGCUGAUGGGAAAGCAAAUACCUGACCUUGAGGUGGUGGGAGAAGAAGUGGGGCAGUGUUUAUUUACUCCUCUCGUGUAACCCCGUUCCUGCUGUCUCCAAGACCUGGUUUAGAUCUGCUGCCUAAGCUGCAACUGCUGCAUUCUCAGUAGCCAGAGAGGAAUGUGAGUGACUGACAAAACUGGCUGUUGGAAUUCUCUGAGAUUUUUAUUUUCUAGGUCACUUAGUUUUGAGCCAGCCUGAGCUGAAACCUGAAUGUAUUGUCUAUGGCAUGGCAGUAGAGGUGAGAAAAAGCCUCUUAUCUACAUUUGAGAUACCACAAGCUCUACUGCCUCUGUUCCUCUCAAGCUUCUAUCCCUUCCUGACUAGCCCAGGAGAAAGGUGGUGUGGCAGAGGAGUAACUUGCCUCCAGCAGGAAGCCUUCUAAACCAGGGUUAAGGUGUGUGAUCAGGCAGACACUGGGUGUUUGUUUUCUCCUGGAGCAGGAUGUGUCAUAGCAGGGCUGUCAAUGCUGCAGAAAAACACCAAGGGUAGCUCAGAGUCUGGGGGCAUUAACUGAUGCUGACCACUCAGCUCUUGUAGACAGCCAGCUCUUGGUACUUGAGUUAGUUCAGUUCCAUCUCCUUUGAGUUUUCCCUACACUACACAGUCAUAGCUACUCACACUCAUUUUGUACUCAUUUGAUAAAGGAAUUCAGUCUUGCUUCAGGCACAUUAGUAAACCAACAGAGACCUAAGGGGCAGAAGGCACAUGGAAGCUGGGACUACUUCCAUGUUCACAGCAGUAGCAAUUGCACAGCAGCCUUGUGCUUUGAACAGAUACUUGUGCUUCUCUGCCCAGCUACCUUUAGGAGGGAGCUGGGGAGAAAAUGAGAGGCUUUUGAUUGUGCUCAUAAUAUCUGUACCCAUCUGUGAUUGAGGGACAAAAGUGAAAUGCACGUCACACUAUAGAGCCAGCUUGUCAUGUGCUGCACUCUGGCAGCUCUUUCUGGCUGCGGCAUAUAUGCUCUUACAAAUGUGCUGGGUUGUGCUAUCGCCUGUAAGUUUGACUCGCUUGACCACUCUUGCUUCCCUCCAAGUCCCACCCAGCUCAGCCACAGCACAUUGUGUCUCAACCUGGUGUGCAAUGGUAGGUGUCCCAAUAUGGGCUGGAAAGAUCCUGAGAAGUCAUUCUUAUUCUGAAAAAAAAAAAAAAAAAAAAAAAAGGCUCUUCCGGCUUUGUUGUAUUUAGACUCAGUGCUGCUUUCCAGAACAGACAGGGACAACUAUCUACAGAACAUGAUUAUGGAGAGCUGCUGGAUUAGCUUCUAGCCCACAGACUGCUGACUAGAGUAGGGCUUUAGUAUGAAGGCAACUCCUGCCUUGAUGGAACAAUAUAAAAGAUACCAAAUGUAUUUUCUUCCAGGACCUUCUUUCUCCAUUACAGCUGCAUAACCUUGGAGCCCAUCUGGAGCCCCCGUUGCUUGAAGAUAGUAUGCCUGGAAAUGUUUGUAUUGGUUCUGAAAUAUGGGAACUGAACCAGACAGUAAUUAGCAUAUAUUAAUCUCUUUAAGCAAGGAAUGCAAACUCUUCCCCAGGAACUGGGACAGAAACACCUGUCUAGAUUUAACCAUUAAAAGCCUUGUACCAUCUUAAAUUGGGAACCAGGUUGGGUCUCUUGGGCCCUUCAGACCACUGCAGAAAUCACAUGCAUCUCUUCCCAGUUAUUCUGAUCAGCUGUGCAUCACUAGAACUAUCACACUGCCACAACCGAGGAGCGUGUCCAGCUAUGCAGUGAGCUGGGCUUGCAGAGAAGUGUAACACCUUAAUGUAGUCCUCUCAGCGCACUUUGAAGUAGGAAAUGGGGCUGCUUGGGUCUUUGAAUGCUCACAGUCUCUUACAAAAAGGUAUGGGCAUGUGGAAGUUGAGACAAACUAGGAAUGGGUUCUGGGUCAGUGCUCUUUAUGCUGUUCAUUUGUGAUAUAGGAGUCACAGAGUCAGUGCCAUACAGCAGUCCUGCAUGGGGCAGAAGAUGAUGGAGCUUGAGCCUUGGAACACAAAUGGGCUCUAUGACUUACAGAAAAGCAAAGCAAAGCGGCUGAGGUAAGUGUAUCAGUGAAGAAGCAUGAAGCCCACAUCCGGCAACUAUGGUAAAAGCAGCUCCAGACCCUGAUUUGCCUGUGCGGAUAACAGAAACCACGUACCCAUCAGCCACUACAAAAGGCAGUUCUUCCCAAGUGACCAGCUCUUCUAUAUUGGGCACAUUCUUCUCUGGGAACAGCAGUGUCUGGCCUGUAAUGCAAAACAAAUUUCAUGGGGAUCAAUUAAAAGAAAAGGUAAAAUACCACACAGAAUUACGUUUCUAGGGAAACUUGGGCAUUACACCUGGCAGCAAAACCGUGAAGCUACAAGAAACACCCCCACAAUAAUCAGAACCUUGCAGUAUUGCUCAUGCUAAGGGGGCAUUAUUUUUCUCUUUGUAAGCUAAGUCAUCUUUUUUUUUUAAAAAAAAAAAAACUAUUACAGAUAUAUAAAGUAAAACAUGCUGCACCAGAAAAUGUAAGCAGCUGUUAGAGGGGAAAGUCAUUGAGAAAGACCCUAGAAUGUAACUUGUUCAGCUUUUAUUACCAGCUGGAGCUGAGAAAAAGAGCUUCCACUUUGUAUCCACAAGCUAUAGUCAAUCAUGGCCAAAGGCCACUCUGUUGUUCUUGUGGCUGGGUAAUGUGGAAAAGCCAGAGAGACAGAGGCUGUGAGAAUGAUGCAAGGAGUUAUAGACAGUCAGUGAAAUAAACAGUAUCUACUUAACUAUUAUCUGCUCCUAAAAAAAAACCAAACCAACCAA